GGUCGGGAUAGUGGCGAUGUGACAGAUUUAGAUGCCUGCUUGACCCAAUUUACAUCCUUCAGCUAGGUCCCAGUACAUUCCAGUUUAUGUAAUGAACUUUGUUGAUCUGAUGACAAGAUUAAUUCCUAGUAAAAUGCAACAAGUGCCAGUGUUACAAUCCACAGGGGCUCCAGUUGAAGGGAGGUUACGUCGUAAUGUGCCAAGCCUGCCAGCGAUCAAGCCUGACAAGCUGAAAACAGCCAAAACACUGGUAGAGAAGGCAGUGAAGCUGAGGAAGGUGUUUUCAGUGCAGGGGCCCUACCCUGUUAUCCGUGCUGCCUUAUGGUCCAGAGGGUGGGUUGAACGUCGUUUGCCUAAUCCUACCCAGAAGGCACCGCAUGGCCAUGGCAAUGAGGAGGAAGAUGGCGGGGAUGGUGAUAUCAGUGUUCAUGUUACUGAGAGAGUGGAUGAAGGCGAAAAAGACGAGACCCUCGUUGACAUGUAUGACCUCAUGUCGCGCAUGGUCCGAAAUGAAACACCUUAUUUCCACUGGACAACACGCCGGGAUUACAUCAACUGUCGCUCCUUAAGGAAUGAUCAAAUGAUCAACCACUAUGCGAAUUCUGGGACAUUUACUACCAAGGUUGGGCUUUGUGUUAACCUGCGUAACCUUCAGUGGUUUGAUACAGCUGAUCCCGACACCUUCUUCCCAAGGUGCUACAGGCUUGGAGCAGAGGAUGAACAGCAUGCAUUCAUAGAGGAUUUCAGGAGAACAGCAUGCACGAGUCUGCUGCAGCAUGUAGUUGAGACACGUAGAAGGGCAACAGACCAAACAGAGGAGUUGGAUAAUGUGGAGUAUCAAGUUGUUGGUCCAGGAAUGGUUGACAUGGCUUUGCACGUGUGUCAGGAGUUUCUCAGUGUUUUAGAGCAUGGCGACAUUGAUUCAACUGCAGAAACAUCACCCUCAGUGAAGGAACAGCAGUGGGCAGAGUUUCUGCAAGACUACUACAAGGUUGUGCAUGAAGCUGCAUUGAUCAGGAGUAGCAGAGUGUUUGUGGAGCGCUGCCAGGCCAUGUUAAUCAGACUGCAGGAAGUUUGCCCUCAGCUUGAUACUGAUGGUCUAAACAACAUCUGGAUCGUCAAACCCGGUGCCAAGUCAAGAGGACGAGGUAUAAUGUGCAUGAAUCGCAUGGAAGAGAUUUUGGCACUAGUGGACAGUGACAGAGCCCUGAGUAAGGAGAGCAAGUGGGUGAUUCAGAAAUACCUGGAACGUCCUCUGUUGGUCUAUGGCACCAAGUUUGACCUCCGCCAGUGGUUCCUGGUCACAGACUGGAAUCCCCUGACUGUCUGGUUCUACAGAGAGUGCUACCUGCGGUUUUCCACUCAGCCCUACUCGACCAAAACUCUGGACAGCUCAGUCCACCUGUGCAACAACUCCAUCCAAAAGCACUUUCAGCCGUCCUGUGAGCGCCAUCCAAGGGUGCCUAAGGAUAACAUGUGGUCCUGCUCUCAGUUUAAGGCUUUUCUGCAGUUGCAGGGCCGUGGGGCAGAGUGGGAGUCAGUUGUGGUCCCAGGCAUGAAGCAAGCGGUGGUCCGUGCUCUGCAGACAUCCCAGGACCUGGUCGAGCCCCGCAAGGCUAGCUUUGAGCUCUACGGAGCUGACUUUAUGCUGAGCAGAGAUCUGAGGCCUUGGCUUCUGGAGAUCAACGCCAGUCCGACCAUGGCCUGCUCCACUACUGUGACUGCUCGCCUCUGCCCUGCUGUGCAACUGGACACACUGAGGGUGGUGCUCGACACACGCACUGAUCCUAGUGCUUACACAGGAAGCUUUGAGCUUAUAUUCAAACAGGCUGCAGUUGAAGUUCCCCAGUAUGUAGGAGUAAACCUGGUGGUGGAAGGAGCCCCCAUAAGGAGAUCCAGAUCUUUACUUCAUAGACAAACUGUUAUUUCUAACACACCGCUCACCAUGCAGCUCCCUCCACACCAGUCGAUUUCAGAAGAGGUUGAAACGACACAUAAAUCAUUAGGUCAGAGUGUGUCCUGUGCAGUCUCUGCUUUCUGUCAUUCAGGCAAAGAGAACCAAACUGCUGGAGAGAAAAAGAGGCAGCUGACAUCAACAUCUCCUAAAAGGGAAUGCGAAGGGAGGAAAGAUGCUCAGAAUACCUGCUGUGUUCGAAGGUUGGGUCGCAGUCUGGCAUGUCAAAUACCCCUGGUGGUACACACUGAACCUCAGAGGAAAGCACCACGUUUGGGUUUGAUUCUUGGUGCUAACGGGGAAACUCUGGUUCCACGGAGCUUCUCCUUUUCCCUCAGCCCCCCUCACAGCAUGUCAGAUAGCAAAUCUCAAGCCAACCAAGGCCAUGGAUCACACAUCACUAGAUCUUUUCUUCCCCAGACAGUUUUCGAUCCUCAACACAGGACUCCUAUCCGGGUGUUUCCAUCCCUCCGCAGUCCCCUUCCUACCCUGGAGGUCGUAAGCUUGCGACCAAACGUUGUGGCUGGAAACACAGCCUGUCGUUAUCCAGACUUGUCCUCUCAUCUCAGCGUCCACAGGCCUCAGUUAUUCCUCUGCCCUCAAAGGCAGAGCAUGGCUAAAUAUAAAGCGCAGUGCACAGGGAAACAUAAACAUUGAAAUUGAGUUUUUAAAAAAGCAAACAAACAGUUGAAAGUGCUAAAGAAAUGUUGUUAACAAUAACACAGUUAUCAUGCCUGACAAUCAACAAAUAAAACGUAUAUACAUCCCAACAUACUAUUAACAUUUGGAUUUAGAUUUUAUUGGUUAAAAAAAACAAGACAAUGUUGUUGAGCGAUAGAGACAUUUCCAAUCAUUCCCAGGCUUUAAAUGUACAACAGUAAAGUUAAUAUUAAUACUUUGAGAUGAUUGUAUUAGGAGAAAAGUGUUACACAAUCCAUUUACUCAAGUGGUAUAUUUGAACCAUGUUGUGGUUUGUCUGAAUUGAAAUGUGUAUGAUUUAUGAUGUUGUGAAUCACUUAUGUAAGAGUGAUACUGGUUCGAAGUUAAUUUGUAUUAAAACAAAGGAACCAAAAGAGUUAAUUGAAGUGUCUCCAGUGUAGCAGAUAUUUCAAGCUGACUGGGAAGAAAAUAAUGUCAUGAAAUGACCACUGGUUUUUGGUUCUGCAGUAAAGGGCUAAUUUUCAUGAUAACAGGAUGUAGGUAUAUUAAAUACCCAGCAGGGGGCAAUAAAUGCUAAACUAUAAGACUGCGUGUUAAUGGCAUACAUCUUCAACAACGCCUGGCAAAUCAUGGUCUUUGAGCCUGUCUGCCAAAUCCUGAAUGAUUUAAACAUUCUUCCAUUUAAGUGACCAAAUAAAAAAUAAAAAAAGUCAACCGUUUUCUUAAAGAAAUAAAUAGCUCUGGGAUUUUCCUGAACUACAUGACUAAAAAAAUAAACCACUGAAAUUGAGAAGUGAAGAUUUUUUCCCCUUAAUUGGACAGGUUGACAAAAAUAGAAACAGACAGGAAACAAUGAGGGGAGGCAGAGAUAGGUAUGACGUGGAUGUUGUGGUUACAUGGUAAGCCUCGUAACCACUAGGCAUCCAGGACCCAACUACUGAGAUGAGUGCAUGAGCAUUAUUUGACUGUAAAAAUGUGUAUAUACUUGAUUUAACCAGGUAGAAAGUCUCAUUGAGAUUACACUCUCUUUUUCAAGAGUGAACUGGCUAAGAGGGCAGCAUGAACAAUGUUACAACAAAUAAACACAAACAAGACACAGGCAGAUGAAUACAGCUGUUGUAAAACACAAAUGAAAUGGACCAUUAUCUAGUCUAUAUGCAAAUUAAAUAAACAGUUAUAAAGCACACACACUUGCACAAUUUUAAAACGACUUCAAUUCGGGGAUAUAAGAGCAAUCUCAUUGACUAAGAGUAUUUUGUUCUCUGACCUUUAAAAUGGACUUGUACCACCCAUCGUGAUAAAGUCUGACAGUUUCAGCUCAUUCUGUACAUGAUUCCAGGAGUAAAAGUGUUUAAUUAGCUGGAAUAGUGGGUUUACUACAGCUCUAAAAUUAGCUUGCAAAUUAUACCUCAUGAAAGCCAGAAAACAUUGAACUCCCAGUGAUAAAACCACUAGACUAGAAAUGUAGUUCAAGAAAAUCCGUUUAGAAGGGACUAAUGACAUUUAAAAUGCAUGUCAUGGCCUUCAGUUUGUGUGAACAGGGUAGACAACACUCAGAAAUGAUAUUGGAAACAAUAACAACACGAGUUUAUGAUGUUGCACAUUGGAGACCUGGGUAGAAAUCUUCAACAAGAGAUAAGCCUUGUUGAUUGUAAGUGCAAUCACAUAACACAUUUGAUUGCACAAUACACGUUGUUGUUAUUUUAAGUUGUAUUACUUUCGAUUAUGCGUUUGUAAAAACAGAGCGAGAUGUUCUUCUCACGGAUAAUUCUGGGAUAAUAGCAUUUAAUUUUUACCAUAUAUUCAAUUAAAAAAAAGAGAAAAUGUCUCUCAGUCCAUCAUGUUUACAGGCCACAGAUGGAUCCCUAUC